AUGGCUUUUGCGCGGAGACUGGCUAUUCUACCGGGUGGCCUAGGUGGCAUAGGAUCGAUUACCGGCAAAAAAUUGAUCCAACAAGGGUCCAGGCUUGCCAUUCUCUACGCACCGUUCGAAGUCAGACACCGCGAUGAGCUGCUCGAAACGAGAUACAAAGGGGCCGGAAACAUCGACAACAUCCGCAUGUACGAGUGCGACAUUACGUCGCCCGAGUCUGUAUCAACAACGUUUGAUUCUCUGAAGAAAGACACAACAGCUUUCCCCAGUAUCUUGAUCAACACCGCCGGCUAUGUCUCCCUCAGUGACAUGGAGUCCACGCCUCCAGAGGAAACCCUGAAACACCUUCACACCAACGUGCUCGGUCCGAUGCUGUGCUCGCAAGCAUUUGCGCGACUUUAUUUCUCGACUUCAAAGGCGGCUUCGUCACCACCGCCGCCAGGCCGAAUAGUCAACAUAUCCUCGCAAGCAGCGCACGUCGCGCUCCAUCGACACGGAGCAUAUUGUGCUUCCAAGGCCGCACUGCUGGGGUUGACACGCUGUAUGGCAUCGGAAUGGGCCGGUCGAGGCAUCACAUGCAACAGCGUGUCACCAACCGUGGCAUGGACGGCCCUUGGACAGAAAGCUUGGGGAGAGGACAGUGUGAGAGACGCAUUCCUGAAACUGAUACCAACCGGGAAAUUUGCGCUUCCGGAAGAAGUUGCCGAUUCGAUUUUGUUUCUCUGUCAGGCAAGUGAUGGUCGAUUUAUUAGGUGUGGCGUAUUUUCUCAUACGACUGAAUAA